AUGAAUACCUUAAAGUCUCUUAUCGUUCUUCUUGGUUUCAUAUACCAUACAUAUUCUGCUGAACCAUGCAAAAAAAUAUGCAUUCUAAGCGACCCGAAAUGUGUUACUAAAGGAGGAUAUGUCGUUUAUAAGACUGUUGUACAUGGAGUUAAAGACUUGAUGAUUGAGCCUUUAGACCCACUACAUAUUAAAUCAAUUGAUGGAACAUUGGAAAACGUAAAAUAUAAAUUAACGAACAUCACACUGAAAGGUUUGAAAGACUGUACAGUCACGAAACUAACAUUAAACGCGACAUCAAAUAAAUAUGGUCAAUAUCUGAAUUGUCCUAAAUUGGUUUCACGUUUUUGCUUCGAAGCUCAGGAAAAUACGAAAAAACCAGUGCUUAGUGGAAAAGGAACGGCUACAGUAGCUGCUUAUAAUUAUGAUAUACUUAACUAUGGGUUAUAUUCAGUAUUUGUAAAUGAAGAUCAUAGGCCACAUUUCUUUGUUAUUACUCAAGACUCAAAAACUAACCUCAAAGGAAAACUAGAAUUUGCAAUUACCAACACCCAUGUCACUAGCACCAAUAAAGUUAAUGAAACAGUUAAGUACAUGAAUCACAAUUGGAGGCGAACCGAAAAGUUCCUACAUAAACCCAUUGUCAAGAGAGCCAUGAAAAUAUUAAUAUCUAAAAUUGACGUCUACAUUAGAAAAUUUACAAUGGGAGAAGUACUUCCUGAAAGGAACGAUUAA